GGACGUACAUGAAAAACGCUUAGCAUGUUAGACGGAUUCCAUCUUAUUCAUAACCGGACCUAAAUCUGUUCAAUCUAAAACGCAUUAAGAUUUAUAUGUACCAGUCAUAAGAGGUUAAAUAUACACAAAAAAUUGGAUGAUGAAAGGUCAGAAGUAUGGUCAAGGCCUGAUGUUGCUAUAUCCAGACUAGUCAAUAUUUCAAUGAGCUUGGUUAUAUCUUACAUUGUACGUACUGAUCUGCAUCAUCGAUAUCCAAAGGAGAUACCACGAUUGCUUUACCAAAGAUGAGAAAAACUUUAAAAAAUUGAUUUCAUACCCCAAAGGGCGAUUGAAGAAGCUACCGCACCAGAGAAAGUCUAAAAAUCAGGAGGAGGAUUUUUCAAAGCGGAACGUACCUAUCAACGUUUAAAACACUAGUUCGAAGAAGACUUCCAUUUGCAAUGAAACUGUUUGACUAUUGGCAGACUAUAUCUAAUUUGGCUAUUUUUUGUAUUAUUUUCGUAUUCCUAUGGUCAACACAAAAUGAUACGGAUCACAAAAACUACAUAUAUGCGAACUCAAGCCAACCCGAGAAAAUAAAAUCUUAUCAAACUCACAAACAAAGUUACAUAUAUUCGAACUCAAGCCAACCCGAGAAAAUAAAAUCUAAUCGAACCCAGAAACAAAGCUACAUAUAUUCGAACUCAAGCCAACCCAUGAAAACAAAAUCUAAUCGAACUCAGAAACAAAGCUACAUAAAGUCGAACUCAAGCCAACCCGAGAAAAUAAAAUCUAAUCGAACUCAGAAACAAAGCUACAUAAACUCGAACUCGAGCCAACUCGAGAAAAUAAAAUCUAAUCGAACUCAAAUUUUUUUUCGCAUUGCAUGGUACGAGCAGAAUUCUGAAGUUCUAUUCGGUAUAUCGAAAUAUGAUCCGACUAAAUGCAACAUUCCCAAUUGUCUCGUAGAGAAAAACACUUCGUUGGCCGACAUCAUUGUAUUACGUCACAGUUAUCUCCCUUAUCAUAAAACCAUCGAAAAACCUAAAGGACAAAUGUGGGUAUUGCAUACUAACGAGAGCCCGUACCAUACCUUUCGACCCCCCAAACAAUGGGCCGAUAAAAUUGAUUUAUCUGCUUCCUACAUGGAGACAUCAGAUUUCUUUGUGCCAUUGUAUGGAAGACUUUUGCAUAAUAAAACAUACCCCUUACAGAAUUAUACCGGAGUUUUAGCCAAUAAAACCAAAGAUGCUGUGUGGGUGUCGAGUCACUGCAGCACACCAUCUAAAAGAGAAAAUCUGGUAAAAGAGCUAAGCAAACACCUUACGGUUGACAAAUACGGAAAAUGUGGAACGAAAAAGUGUGGCAAACAAUAUGACGAUUACACAAAGUGCAAAGCAAUAUUUGAAAAGGACUACAAGUUUUUCUUUGCGUUUGAAAACUCCAUUUGUGAUGAUUAUACUACUGAAAAAUUGUAUUCACUUUAUCGCGAUCAUUCACCCAUAAUUCCUGUCAUAAACGGUCCGCGAGACGUUAAUAAGUAUCUCCCCAAAGGAACAUUCAUCAACAGUCGAGAAUUCUCUUCACCAGAGAAAUUGGCAGAAAAACUAAAAGAAAUUGGAUCCGAUGAAUCUAAGUAUAUCCGUUAUUUACAAGAAAAGGAUAAAUAUUUCCUUCCCUCUGAUUUCGUUGAAAGAGCAGUCUACAAGUUCCAGUGUGAUUUAUGUAAAUAUUUGGAUGGACUAAACAAUGGCAGUCUCCAAAGGAAGCCUAUUGCUUGGAGGAAGCUUUUCGAUACCAGUGGGCUGUGUAUACCAGGAAAAUGAAUAGCAUUUGUUGAAGAUUUUUUUGUUUUGUUUUGUUUUGCUGAAUUGAAAAUAUAUAUCUUGUGUAAACAUGAUUUGUGUUCAAGUUUACUCAAAUUGACACAUGCUGAUACAUGUAAUUAAAGGCGGAGCUCCAAUAUAGUUAA